AUGGACCGCAUCUCGGUGCAGGACGGGCUGAUCGAGGUGUCUCUGUUCGACCGGGCGCUGGACGAGCCCUUCACGAUCAUCUCCAGACACACGAUGCUGGAGAUCGACGUGUCGGCCGCGGCGCCGCGGGUCACGGUGAUCAGCACCGAGCCCAUCGAGGAUCUGCCGCUGCCCGGCCCCGAGCGCCCCGAGCUGGCCGUCAGGUUCGAUCCGGGAGCGGUGAGCGCUACCCAAUCCGGGUCCAUCGAUUUCCGUGAGCGGCAGACCUACACGGUGCAGGCAUCUGAGGGUCAGCCGUUCACUGCCACCCUCGACGCGCCCCUUGGCGUGUGGCUCGAUGUCCGCCUCGACGAUUCCGUGGUGACCUCGGCCGCGCAGCGGUCCCAGCUGGUGACGGCGGAACUCCCAGCCUCCGGUCCGUGGAAGGCCAGUCCCGCGCCCUCCACGACGGCGCCGAUCGUGCGGCCGCCUCGACUGGUCACGCCUGACGACGAAGGCGCGGUCGUGUAUCUGACCUUCGAUGACGGCCCGCACCCCGUCUAUACGCCGCAGGUUCUCGACGUGCUGGCCCGCUACGGCGCCCGGGCCACGUUCUUCGUGGUUGGCUCGCUGGCCCAGGCCUAUCCGGACAUCAUCCAGCGCAUCGCGGCGGAGGGUCAUACCAUCGCCAACCACACCUGGAACCAUGAGGACCUUGCAGGACUGUCUCGGGCGGCCUUCGACGAGACGGUCGGCCGGACCCAGGCGAUCCUGGCGGAUCUCGCCACGCCGUGCCUGCGGCCACCGUACGGGUCGGUCGACGCCUUCACCAGGGAGUGGGCCUCUUCCCACGGCUGUCGCUGA